AUGUCUCAAUCGGCCAACUCCUCGAUGAGCGCUCUCAACUACGACGGCCCUCGCGUCCCGCGUCGCACCCCCAUGGCUUGCGAAUUUUGCCGCGCGCGUAAGCUCAAGUGUGACGGUGGCCGCCCGUCCUGCGCCAACUGCGAGAAGAAGAAGUUCCCGUGCAACUACGUCCCUGUCGGUGACAAGUCGAAGAAGUAG